AUGGAGAUCAAUCAAUGCAAUGGAGCCAACGAGACUGAUGUUGAGCACCAGAAUCAGCAAAGCGGUGAUUUGUACGCAGAUUUCAACUCGUUUGAACCCAAUACGACGGUUUCCGAAGCGGCGGCUAAAAUACCUAUGUCAGAUGAAGUCGUAUUUUGUUUCUUCACCUGGGUUGGUUCUGGAAAUGGACAAGUUCCUUCCGGAGCGGUUGUAGGUGGACGGACCCCGAGUGGUGAAAAUCUUUACAUUGGACGUGUGUAUCAUGGUGACGCUCUGCUUCCGGGAAAAAUUCAUCCGAGUCACAAAAGGCUAUACGUUUCUUCUGGUGGAAAAGAGCACUAUUACAACAACUAUGAAGUACUGGUCGAAGUUCGACGUGGAUUUCGAUUUAUAGCUGAGGAUGAAGGGAAUGAAUGAAAAAAAACCUGAAAAACGUUCCUUGCACGGAGCAGUAGCACAGUUCAGCGCACCGAACAGUUUUCUUAGUGGUGUGUAAUAAUACAGAAAUUCAUAUUUGACAUUAAUACAAUACAAAAUACAAUAAAAGACUAAAUGAGUCCUACGUUUUUCGG